AUUCCAGUAUCUUGACUUCAUCACGCUGUAUUCAUGGUAUUCAUCCAGAUAGAAUCUACCUAACAAAGCUCCCGUUUCUGGUAUUGGAGCAAUCCAUUGGCAUUGGAAAAGUUAAACCCCUUGCUGCUCCUUCUUAGAAACCUUUAAUAUAUUUCCAUCGAGUAAAUUGAAGAACAAGAAUCCUGACACCUCUACACAAACGAAUGAACACUAGACGAAUGAGCAAGAAUGGAAACACAGUCCACAACGGCAGGCACUGAUUUUGCCGUGUAUAGUUCAUCAGUUGCCGAUUCAGCCUCCCUGAAUGAUACGACGCGAUCUGAUUGGUUAUGGACUCCGAUCACGUGGUCAUAUUGGAUAAGCAUUCAACUCGUGGUGGCGUGUUUAGGUCUCGGCGGCAAUCUCUUGGUCCUGCUCGUCCUGUUCCAUAGGCGAUCGUUCAAGAAGCCCACCGAUAUCCUCAUCGGUGGACUAGCAGCUGCUGAUUUCAUCACGUCCAUCUUCAUGAUCCCUCAGCCGAGGCUGUCUGGGGCGCCGAACACAGCUCUCGGUAACGUCGCAUGUAAGCUAGUCUACUCCUCAAUUUUCCUCUGGAUAUCGAUCAGUUCAUCUGUAUUCACUCUUACCGCUAUCGCUAUCGAACGAUAUAUCGCGGUGGUCCAUCCUGUAAAGUUCAAGGUAUGGGUCACGCCAAAGCGGCUGGUCUAUUGGUUCUUAGCGAUCUGGUUGCUGUCCUUUGCGAUAAACUCCCGCACAUUCGGGACUACAUGGGUCGAUAGCACAACAGGAAAAUGCAGGGUGGUGUAUAGCCACUAUUCUAUUCAGAUCGUCCUAGGUAUUGUCGUGUUCUUGAUCAGGUUCAUUUUCCCCGCCAUCAUCAUGCUUCUCUGUUACUAUCUGAUCACGCGUUCUCUGCGUCAGCGGUCGAAGCAAUUUCAGCCAAAGACGGUCGGAUCCGUGGACCUCAACCUGGACCAAAAACGUGCUGGUCCCUCGCAGAGUCUCCUCGCAGCCCGCAGUAAGGUCAUCAAGAUCAUGUUCGUCGUCAUCGUCACGUUCAUUGUCUGCUGGGUGGCGGAUAGCACCGGUCUCCUGGCCUACAACGUAAGACUGGUUGAUCGUUCGUAUCUCUACAGCCACUUAUACCACGUUUUUGUCAUCAUUGCCUUCUUUAACACGUGUGCCAAUCCUCUCAUCUAUACCAUCAGUUACCAAGAGUUUCGUUUGGCAGUUCGGGACCUGUUCUGUGGCUCUGGUGGUGUUCGGGGAUCGCUGUUCGGUAAGGAUGAGGCUGGUAAUACGGAAACAAACAGUCAGAAUGACGCAACGAAGAAAACUAUAUCCAGCUAUAUCUAACUACAGUCACAAGCAAAUGUCUUUUUUAGAGGAUUGCGCCAUACUUAUAAGAUAUUAGGUACAUCACCAACUGGUCUACGGCAGCUUCGUUUACGUUCCGUAAUCCAAGUUCAUCUACUGAUCAUUAUUUUGAUUGAGCUGUCAUUUAGCCCAUUUAUUAUUUCGCCUGAUGUGAAGUUGGGAUAUACCUUUUGCGUUUAAUAUCCUCACGGUUUAAGACUACCUUGUAAAUUUGGUUGUAUAAACGGUUUAUGAACCAUAUUCUCAUUUGACAUAGUCAUUGAAAUAUACCUGAAGUGGAAAUUAGAUCAAGUGUGGUUUAGACUAACUGACAAUUAUGAGAGUAUUAGAUUGACAAGUGCAGUGUAGCCCGAACGACAGUAAGACCCAUGGGCGGAAAUCCCAGGGGGGACGUGUCCCCCCUGCUAAAAAUAGUAGGGGGACACAAUGUUAAAUGUCCCCCCUACUACUUGUGAUCUUUUAUGAUAGUAAGGAAGACAUCAUUCAAAAUCGAAAUAAAACAUGUAUUUUACGACGAGAUGCCCUUACUUUUGGGAUGAUAACUUUUUAUUUCUUUUUUUUUUGCUUGUCUAAUUUAUUGUCGUCAAAAUAACCUUAAAUUUGGGGGUGAUAACCCUUUUUUUGGUCAAAUUUUCAGCCCCUUGUCCCCCCUACCUUUUGGGAGAGAUUUCCGCCCCUGAUUAGACCAAAUUGAAGGUAGACCAAAUUGGUUUAGCCCAUAGGGCAUUAGAAUAUCUGAGCGGUAGACUAGUAGUGAAUUCAAACUGUCGAUUAAAAUGUGUGCUCAAUCACCCACCUCUC